ACAGGGGACCGCGGAGGUCAUCGCGCCCACCCAUCUCAUUGCACUGAUGAGGAGACGGAGCCUCAGAGACUGAAGGACUUCCCCGAGGUUGCACAGGCAGUAAAGUGACACCUGGCAUUCAAGCCCAGCUCCUCCGAUUCCAAAAGAGGGGCCCUUUCCCCCACUUUUUCACGAUGCCUUGACCCUUACCCUGCUGACCCUCAGCCUGGGGAGGGGUCGAGCAGAUUUUUGUUUAAAGAUAAGUUCAUCCAGUACCUUCAGUGGGGAGAUUAGGUCCCAGAGAUGGGGAAUCUAGUCGAUAGCUAGGUGACCCGUGGGGUCAGGAGCACAGCCAAGAGGAAACCUCCAGAUUCCCGGUUCAGAGAAAUAGAAUGACCCGUCAGAGAGCCACAUUCACCUUUCUCCCCUAUUCUACUACCAUAAGCCUGCAGGGGAGGUGCAAUCCUCGUGGCAAAUGGCUCUUGUUAUCUCCAGAUACAGACAUGGUUGCUGUUCUGGGUGAGACCACAGGACACCAAGCUCUGCAGGCACUAAGGGACCGGAUGAGGAGGGACCCCGAGGGUGCCCAGAUCCUGCAGGAACGGCCUCGGAUCCAGCUCUCUACUCUGGACUUGAGCAAACUCCAGACCCUACCGGAGGGCUCCUUUGGUUGGGAGUAUGCCCGCUUUCUUGAUGUUAAUAGGGUAUCCCCAGAUACACGAGCACCCACACGCUUUGUGGAUGAUGAGGAACUUGCUUACGUGAUCCAGCGUUACCGUGAAGUUCAUGACCUACUCCACACACUUUUGGGAAUGCCCACCAACAUGCUUGGAGAAGUUGUGGUUAAGUGGUUUGAAGCCAUCCAGACGGGCCUACCUAUGUGUGUCUUAGGAGCUGCCUUCGGACCCAUCCGACUCAGUGCCAAGAAGCUGAAGGUGUUGAUAUCAGAGCUAAUUCCCUGGGCAAUUCAGAAUGGCCGAAACUCCCGUUGCGUCCUCAGCCUCUACUAUGAACAACGGUGGGAGCAGCCCAUAGGAGCCCUUCGGGAGGAGCUAGGCAUCACUGCACCCCCUAUUGUGUGGACAGGCCGUACUCAGUCCCCAAAGCUCUGAUCCAACAGUUCAUGCCAACCCUGUGCCACUGGGUAACAGGCUGCCCUGCCCAGGACCUUUGCACUCUGUACCCAGGGACAUCUAGCCCCAGAUAAAGGAAUGAAGAAAGUUCAAAAAGUGGUCUUAAAGGGACAUGUGUAUCCCCUUAUCUCCCAAAAGAGAUAUGGGAAUAAAAGGAAUCUGUUUAUUGUUCAGAAGAAAUCUCUGCAGUAGGCCAGAAGCAAUCCGCCACUGCCAUGUAAUUGGAAUUGAAUGGGCACAACACAGAGAAUUCUGUUGAUUUAUCAGGAAUCCAUGGCUCCAUGAAUUUAUUUAAUUUACUCUGCUUUCCCCUGGAAGAAUUCCUUCUACUUCAUCUUACUUCUCCCACUGUUUCACCCUUUUCUCUCUUCUUCCCUCAAAGUUCAAGAAUGUUUUUGGGUGGUUUGCACAGGAUACCGGGAUGUCAACUUUCUGGAUCCAGAAGUGGUAUAAGGAGGGGUGUUGGUUCCAUAGUCUGAAUAAAGCCCUCUUUUGGACCCAGGUA